AGCGCUGAAAAACAAGAAGUAGUCAUGGCCUCAGUGAUGUUACAGGGGCUCGAGAUCCAUUUUUACCUGCCAGAGACACACCAGAUCAUUCAUCUCUCAGGAAGUUUCACAGCAGAGGAGCUGUGUGUUGAAGCUGCCAAGAAGUUGGGUAUAUCUCCACUGUGUAGCAGUUUGUUCGCCCUUUAUGAUGAAUUUAGCAAGAUCUGGUAUGCACCCAAUCACUCAUUCACUAUUGAUGAGACUACAAGACUGAAGCUUUACUAUCGCAUGAGAUUCUAUUUUACAAACUGGCAUGGGACAUCUCUCAAGACAUCUCAUCCAGUGUCCAGACACAGUCUCAAGCGAGGGACGGGGUCUACAGGAACAGCUGUUCUGGAUGUAGUUUCACUAACGUACCUCUACGCACAGAGUCAGUGUGACUUUCAGAGUGAUCUGACACCGCUGCGUAGCACUCGUGAUGAGAAUGACGUCCAGCUGAUAGAAAAUGAGUGUUUGGGUAUGGCGGUGAUGGCCAUCUCCCAUGAUGCCAUUGAAAAAAAUCUUCCUGUCUGUGAAUUUGAUUCAGAUCCGUGGACCAAUCAGGAGAGACGUAAAUCAAAGAGAGGCAGUAAGAAACGGAGUAAAAUAGCAUCACAUGAUGCAGGAGAGGACAGAUGGACACUCUUUUCAGACUUUAAUGAGAUAACGCAUCUUCUCAUCAAAUACUCUGUGGUUACCAUCCACAAACAGGACAACAAAAACAUGGAGCUGAAGCUGGCAUCCCAUGAGGAGGCGCUGUCCUUUGGCAGUCUGGUAGAUGGGUACUUUAGGCUCACAGUAGAUGCGCAUCAUUUCCUCUGCAGGGAUGUGGCUCCCGUCUCACUGGAAAAGAACCUACGAGAGGGCUGCCAUGGUCCAAUCAAUACUGAAUAUGCCAUCCAUAAACUCAAGCAGGAAGGUUAUGAGGAGGGCAUGUAUCUGCUGCGCUGGAGCACUCACGACUUCGAUCAUGUUCUCCUGACUGUCAUAUGCAAUGAGAAGGAUUGUUAUGGCAGCAUCACCAAAACCUUCAAGAACUUCCAGAUUGAGGCGAGCGCACAGGGCUUCCUCCUGACUGGGACAAAUAUUGUGAAGCCCACUCUGAGAGAGCUGACGGACCACCUGUUUGGCCAGUGUCUCACAACAGACCACACCAGCUUAAGACUUGAGCGUGGCUGUCCACCCCAACCCAAAGAGCAAUCCAACCUUGUCAUGAUGACCAGGAAAGAUUCAGCAUUGCCACACUCUUCCUUAAAUAAUGCAGUCAUCCAUAGGAUCCUCAGAAAUGACAUUACCCAGGAGAAACACCUGGGCCAAGGCACCUGCACAAACAUAUAUUCUGGGAAGCUGAAUUUGAGAAAUGAGGAUGAUGACGGUUAUUCAGGCCAUGAGGUGGUGGAUGUGGUUCUGAAGGUGCUGGCAGCAGGACACAUUUCUGCCUUCCUGGACACAGUCAGUGUAAUGCAGCAGAUUUCACAUAAAAACAUGGUUCUGAUGUAUGGCGUAUGCAUGCACAGCAUGGACAUCAUUAUGGUGGAGGAGUUUGUUCAGCACGGCCCUCUGGAUCUGUUCAUGAGAAAUCAUCGCUCUGAACUCAAGCCCUCCUGGAAGUUCCAAGUUGCGGAGCAACUUUCCAGUGUCCUCAGUUAUUUGGAGGAUAAGAAGCUUGUCCAUGGCUAUGUCUGUGCUAAAAAUGUCCUGUUGAAGCUGGAUGGUCUGAAAGGACAAGGUGGUCCUUUCAUUAAACUGAGUGAUCCUGGACUGUCCAUCGCUGUGCUCAGCCAAACAGAGUGUAUUGACAGGAUCCCAUGGAUCGCCCCAGAGUGUGUUAAAACCCCCAAAGCGCUGAGCAUUGCAGCAGACAAAUGGGGGUUUGGGACCACGCUAUGGGAGAUCUGCUACAAUGGCGAGGUGCCUCUGCGUGAAAAGAAACUCUCAGAGAAAGAGCGAUUCUACGAUGUGUGCGGCACUCUGGUCACUCCCAGCAUCAGUGAACUGGCUGAUCUGAUCUCACAGUGCAUGAACUAUGACCCCAGGAAGAGACCGUUCUUCAGAGCCAUAGUGAGAGAGCUGGGACGCAUCAAAGAGCAGCACGUGAAGGCGCUUCACCUUAUGGAGGCAAUUCCUCCACAGGAGACUGAUCCUACAGAUUUCAAGAGAAGAUUUCUCAAGAAAAUCCGAAAACUUGGAGAGGGUAACUUUGGGAUGGUGGAACUGUGUCUGUAUGAUCCUAAGGGAGAUCAGACAGGUGAGCUGGUGGCUGUCAAAUCUCUGAAAACGGAAAAUGAGUGCAGCAACCUGAGGAGAGAGAUCAGCACCAUCAGAAACCUCUACCAUGAAAACAUCGUCAAAUACAAAGGCAUCUGCAACGACGAAGGAGGAGCGAACAUCAAACUCAUUAUGGAGUACUUGCCCUCUGGCAGUCUGAAAGAAUACCUGCCCCGUAACAAAUCCAACAUCGAUCAGAAGAGACUGCUGCAUUAUGCUCUUCAGAUAUGUCAGGGUAUGGAGUACCUGGGAUCUCAAAACUACAUCCACAGGGAUCUGGCAGCGAGAAACAUCUUAGUGGAGAAUGAAUCACUUGUAAAGAUCGGGGACUUUGGUCUGACUAAGAGCAUCAAAGAUGAUAAGGAAUAUUACAAAGUGACCGAAGAACAGGACAGUCCUGUGUACUGGUAUGCUCCAGAAUGUCUGAUUAAUCGGAAGUUCUAUAAGGCAUCUGAUGUUUGGUCAUUUGGGGUCACUCUCUAUGAAAUCAUGACCUACUGUGACCGUGACAACAGCCCUCCACGGGUAUUCCUGAAGAUGAUUGGCCGGUCUCAGGGGCAGAUGACCAUGGCCAGGCUGGUAGAAGCUCUUGAGAAAGGCUGGAGGAUGCCAUGUCCAGAUUCGUGCCCUGAAAUGGUGUACACUCAGAUGCACAGUUGCUGGAGUCACGCCCCAGAAAACAGAGUGGACUUCAAGGGCCUGAUCAAACAGUUUGAGUUUCUCCUCACUAGUGAAAACAUCUAGCUUCCAUUCAUCACAUCAGUUACACCUACACAAUUCAGAUUCAUGUUGUAUUUGUAUGUAACUUUCUCAUUAUACUAAGAAAAUGAUGCAUGUUACUUUCUCUUUAAAUCUUUGCCAGUUAAUCAUCUACCUCCAAAAACACUCUGGUAAUACAGAGUAUUCUUACUAGGUUAACACACCACUCAGCACUUAACAAGUAUCAAGUAGUAAAAAGAUUCAUUUAUAAAAUCUGAAGCCGCAUCAAAUCUAGGGCCAGAUUUACUAAUAGCUUAUACUAGUACAAACCCUCUUUAGGCAUUAAAGUGCCCCUAUUAUGGAUUUUUGAAAAUUACCGUUCAUGCAGUGUUUAACACAGCUCUA